CUUUCAAUCCCAAACCCCAUCAUCAUCAUCAUCAGCACGCGAGCACCUCAACAAUCGCGUAACCUCGUCCGCAGCGACCGCUCUACACCAGUCGGCUCGGUUACUGCACGCACCACGUUUACAUUUCGCCAAGCCUCGCCUCUCCUCGCCUGUCUUCGACUCCUCGACCUGACCAGCCCAGCAUGACCGUCGACAAAAUCGUCAGCGAGCCCACCCUCUCCGCUGUCCUCCAGACCUCGGACCAGGCCCGCGACCAGGCCGACAGCCUCCUCCGCCUUACCGAUCAGGCCCGCGACGGUCGCCCCUCCGCCGAGCUGCAGGCCGAGAUCGCCAAGCAGCAGAAGCAGCUCUUCACCAGCAUCGCCCACCUACGCGGCCUGCACCGCGCCGCCUGCGUCGCCGCCCGUGAAACGAAGACCGUCACCUCCGAGCGACGCCAGGAGGUCGACCACCUGCACCUGCAGCUCCAGAAUCUCUACUACGAGCAGCGCCAUCUCCAGGGCGAGAUUGCCGCCUGCGAGUCUUACGAUCAUAAAUACCAGCAACUGCCUCUGAUCCCCGUGGAAGAGUUUCUCGCCCAGCACCCCGAGCACGUCGACGAUGACGAGAACGAGCUCAUGACGGCGCGCAUCGACCACGAGCGGGCGGAGCGCGAGGCCCUUGAGCAGCAGCGUCAGGAGCUCCUCAAGCGCAAGCAGAAGCUCAUCGCGGACAACAAGCGCCGCAAGGACGACCUCGCCAACCUGGACCACGAUCUGGAGAAGUUCAUUGACGCGGCGAAGCCUAUCAUGGAGCUGUUCGAGAAGGCACCAUGAGUCGAGACGCUCAACGCGGACAGAUUGCGAAUAAUUGCCUGCUCUAAAGUGCACGUGUACGAGUCCAACUUGAUACCUACAUGACUGCCGUCGUGAUACCCAAUACAUUCGGCUCGCUAGCUGCCCGCCCACCGUUAAGAGGGGGCAGUCUGGAUUAAGGCUGCAGCUCAGCGGCACGACACGGUGGUGAGCCCACGAAGUUGAAAAAAACGAAAGCCUGGAAGCAAGGACGUCGACACUUGGUCGCAUCGGGGAACUGACACGCACACGCCAGGACCCAGCGGCAUCGUUGAGAGGGUUUGAGCCACAUGGGGUUGCCUCGAGUGCUGGAGAUCACAGCACCCAAGUUGCGCUGGUAGUGAGUGCGCAUUUGCGCGGUUGUCUGUCGGUUGUUGGCUUUGGGACGACGAGGGCGAGGGCUCUGCGGCAGUGGCGGCGCCAUGCCUCGCUAUUUCGAGGGUCGGCAGCACGUUGGCCACUGCCUGUCGGACAUGGCCCAUGCUGCGCAUCGGAUCGACAAGGCUCGCCCAUAGGAACGGUGCGAGAGACGGCCAAACUCUAACAGUUUACGAAGACUAACGUCACUGUUUUGCUGUAGAAUGUGCCGCGCUGGGGUUCUUGAGUUGGUCUCUGAUCUGGAGGUGAAGAUGCAUGGCCGCAAGUAAGAGCGAUAGUGUUCAAUUGAUCAACGCCCUCCAGAACAGGGAGAACCAGAAUGUACCCAGUACAUGAUGCUACUUUUCAUGCACA